AUGCCAGAAGCUGAUAUUGUGCUUAAGAAUCCCGAUACAAUUAUCAGAAGUAAAGAGAUUAGUUAUCCAAAUAAAAUGAUAAGGGAAUUUGAGAAGCAAAUUCCAGAAUUAUUAAAUUUGGGACUAAUUAGGCACAGUACAAGUGAGCACAGGAGUGCUGCAUUCAUGGUAACAAAUCAUGCCGAGCAGAAACGUGGAAAAGCCAGGAUGGUUAUUGACUAUAGAGAUUUGAAUAAAGAAACAAGAGAUGAUGGGUAUAAUUUACUCAAUCAAGAGUCUCUUAGAAAUAGAAUAAAAAGGGAGAAACCCUCAGUUUAUUCUAAAUUCGAUCUCAAAUCAGGAUAUUGA